AUGAACGUUUUGCGAGAAGAGGAGCCUGAACUCGAUCGAGCUGAGGAUCGAGCUGAGUCUCAAGCUGAGGAUCGAGUCCAGGAGAGUGCGGAUUUGGGUGAGCCUGAGUGCUAUUAUUUUGAGGAGUAUGAGGCUCCAAGGAUGAACCCCUCUGUUGUGGCUGCCCACAAGAGGAUUGGACUUCUCCAAAAGUUCAACAAAUGGCAAGGGAAGGCCAUUGAAAAGAUGCAAAAGUCCAUGGACAAGAUGAUCCUUCUCACCACUCCAAGGAGGCUCCUGCCCAAGAGCCUCACAGAGCCUCUUCAUUCGAACCAAGGGAAGGAGAAGACAACUCACAGAGAAGGAGGAAGAGCUCUAAGGCCAGACGCUCCAGCUCGACCACCGGACUCGAUCGAGUCCAAACAGAGGAAACUCAACUCGGUCGAGCUGACGGUCGAGUUGACCUGA